AGCGACAGCGAGCGAGCAGGUCACCGUAAAAGCCUACCACUUCCGCCGGGCACUUCAACACCGCCGUCGCCAUGUCGUAUCUGCUUCCGCAUCUUCAUUCUGGAUGGGCCGUCGAUCAGGCAAUCCUUGCCGAGGAGGAGCGCCUCGUCAUCAUCCGUUUCGGUCAUGAUUGGGAUGAAACCUGUAUGCAGAUGGAUGAGGUGUUGGCUUCUGUUGCCGAAACAAUUAAGAACUUUGCUGUAAUAUACUUGGUGGACAUCACAGAGGUGCCUGAUUUCAACACCAUGUACGAGCUAUACGAUCCAUCCACGGUCAUGUUCUUCUUCAGAAACAAGCACAUUAUGAUCGAUUUGGGCACUGGAAACAACAACAAGAUCAACUGGGCCAUGAAAGACAAACAAGAGUUCAUCGACAUUGUUGAGACUGUGUAUCGUGGUGCAAGGAAGGGACGUGGUCUGGUCAUUGCCCCGAAAGAUUACUCUACCAAAUACCGCUACUGAGUUUAUACACUUGUCCGCACUGAUGUUGAGUCGAUUGCGUUUGCAUUUCAAUAUAUGUAAACCAAUUUGCAGGUAACUUUGAACUUGCAAUCUGUGAGAUACAUUAAGCAUUUGAUACAUCUUUCCAUAUAUAUAUAAGCUGCUGAAUUACGUA